AUGGUUAUAAAUAAGAUUUAUAAAUUAUUCAUGGAAAUUAAAUGGUCUGUUGCAUAUAUUUUGAUUUCUACCUACUUGAUUUCCUUGGAGUUGCAUAUAUGAAUAUUAUUUAAUUAAAAUGAGUGGAGGCACUAGAGUUAAUUAGUAUUUCCAAAACAAAAAACAUAGAGGAGAAAGUGCUCUCAAAGGUGGAAGAUUGCAAUCUAAUAUACAGACUACAAAAAUGAAAAUGCAAAACUCUGCAGAUGAUUAACUUAUUAUACAUAAUUUAUAGAAUGUCCCUCUUUAAUUAAGAUAAAGUCCUUCCUUUCGAUUAAAAAACCCUAGACAUUCACUAAAACAAGAUGAAACAAGAAAAUAAACUUAGAUUUCAGAUACUUAUGCUAAAAAAACUAGAAUCACAAUGUUAGAAUCAUUUUAUCAUUAAUUAGGAAGUGAUGAAGAUAUUACUCUUAAUAAAAAUACAUAAUAAACAAGACUUUAACCUAUCAUUUUAACACCAUAAUCUUAAACCACUUAUUUUGGUAAAUAGAAAAAAAUGAUAGAAGAUGAUAAUAUUGAAGAAGUUCAUUUUCACUUUGUAAUUAUGCAAUAAAAAUAUAAAUCUUGGAUAGAGAAUUUUGAAAAGAAGAAUUAAAGCAAAUGA